GUGUUCACUUCUGUUUAUCGGCCACCCCAGAUUAUGGACGUGCAAGUUCAGACAUGCAGCAUUUGGCAUAAUCUUUGUGCUUUGUGUCUCAUGUAUUCUGGUGAAAACUAUGGUGGUUCUUGCUGUGUUCAAGGCCUCCAAGCCAGGAGGUGGAGCUGUUCUCAAGUGGUUUGGUGCCAUGCAACAGAGAGGGACAGUCCUGGUUCUUACUUUUAUUCAGGCAGUAAUUUGCACUGUCUGGAUUGUCAUCUCCUCACCAUCUCCACAUAAGAACACCAAAUACUAUAAUGACAAGAUAGUGUAUGAAUGUGUUGUUGGGUCCACCAUUGGCUUUGUUGUCUUAUUGGGUUACAUUGGCUUUCUGGCAAUCCUCAGCUUCCUGCUUGCAUUUCUGGCAAGGAAUCUUCCUGACAACUUCAAUGAGGCCAAACUCAUCACUUUCAGUAUGCUUAUUUUCUGUGCUGUGUGGGUGGCCUUUGUCCCUGCUUAUGUCAACUCACCAGGAAAAUAUGCAGAUGCAGUGGAAAUAUUUGCCAUUCUAGCCUCCAGUUUUGGCCUGUUGGUGGCACUGUUUGGACCCAAAUGUUACAUAAUCCUGCUGAGACCAGAGAGGAACACAAAAAAAGCCAUCAUGGGGAGAGGAAACACCAAUUCGUAAAAGUAAUAAAUACUGAAAUGUUAUAUUAGACAAAAACAAGAUGUUUUUUUAGAAAGGCACUUCUUUAGACAAUCAUUCAAGUUAGAUCAGGUGAAACUUAUGUUUAUGUAUGGAUUUCCAGAUGUUUCAUGUCAUAAAUUGGACGAAUUCAAACUUUUAUUUUCUAAUUUGAACCAAACCAUUGAUUAAAAAAAAUGAAAGCAACAAUUGGAAUGUCAUCAAUGUGUUGGAUAUUUUUUUAUUUUUUUAUUUUUGUUAAUGUUCUAGUCGUUUGUGAGGAUUACCAACUGGUAUGAUACCUUCUGGUAUCGGGCUGCCUUCAUAUCAAACACUAAUUGUCAUCUUACCCAUUCAUUUGACCACCAACCACUUUUUACUUUGAGAUAACACAGUUGUGAAAUAAUGAAGUAAAUCACCCAGUUUAAAUGAUAAUUUUCAAAAUGUAUUGUGGGUGUUCAGCUGCAACUUGUGAUAUGAGUGUUCAUUUUUGGAUCUGUGAAAAACAAUAAAAUAUAAUUUGCAGGUAA